UUUUCAUCUACGUCAUUUUGAACAUCAAGCGCAGGGUACCGUACUAGUUACGUUAAAAUUAAAGUGUAAACAAGCAACUCUGGCAUAAUUUUUAUUUUUUAUUCCAAUAAUGGGGACUCAAUUAAUUUCAUCCCGUCACUUGUCAACCACUCAUCAAAAUAAUAUCACACCCCCACACUCCACAUGUUUCGAUUCUUUCAUAAUCUGUUACUCAUUUUCUCUCUCUACGCAGUAUGUGAUUCUUUCUUCAUUCUGUAACUGGAAAAAUUCGCCGGUGGAAAAGCAAGACAUGUAUUCAUGCCACACCUCCGCCGUGUUGAUUAGCCCCAAAACUUGUUUGUUCCUGCGCAGAAAUCGAUUCUUUGUUGGCAGGUCCGUUAAAUUCAGGUGCAUCCUGGGUCCGGUCGUGCCGGAAUUCGUGGUCUCGGCGUCCUUGAGCUCCGUUCUCACUUCCGGCAACAUGAUCGCGGCGGCGGCGGCGGCUGCCGGUUCGGGCUCCGUUCAUGGAGCUGUGUCUUCGGCUAUCACGCAAGUGGCUGUGACUGCAGUGGCGAUUGCCUCUGGUGCUUGUCUUUCCACGAAGGUGGACUUUCUAUGGCCUAAAGCUGAUGAGCAACCAGGAUAUCGUGUUCUGGAUGGAGUAGAGGUCACUGGGUAUUCUAUAUUUGACGAUGGAAAGGUUUACCAUCUAUACUUGUACAUGUUUGCAAUCAAUGUGCAGAAGGCAAUUGCGUUUGCUAGGAAAGCUCAUCAUGGACAGACAAGAAAGACAGGAGAUCCAUACUUAUCUCAUUGUAUUCACACUGGAAAAAUAUUGGCUGCUUUAGUUCCACCAAGUGGUAAAAGAGCUAUUGAUACAGUUGUAUCUGGAAUCCUGCAUGAUGUAAUAGAUGACACUUGUGAAAAUUUAGAAAGCAUUGAGCGUGAGUUUGGUGCGGAUGUUGCAAAGUUGGUUGCUGGAGUUUCUAGACUAAGUUACAUUAAUCAGUUACUUCGCAGGCAUCGUAGAAUGAAUACGACUCAAGAUACACUCAGCCAUGAAGAGGCAAAUAAAUUAAGAGCAAUGCUGCUAGGCAUGGUUGAUGAUCCACGUGUUGUUCUCAUAAAGCUAGCAGAUCGCCUUCAUAAUAUGAGAACAAUCUAUGCCCUACCGCCUAGCAAAGCUCAAGCUGUGGCUGAAGAGACAUUAGCUAUUUGGUGUUCACUUGCUUCAAGGCUGGGUUUGUGGGCUCUUAAAGCUGAACUUGAAGAUUUGUGCUUUGCAGUACUUCAGCCUGAAGUAUUUCGCCAGCUGCGAGCGGACCUUGCUUCCAUGUGGAGCCUCAAUACAAAGCCAGGCAAUCUGAGAAGAAUAUCUGCAAAGUCAAAUGCUAGUAUGCAAUUCCAAGAAUGUGAAGAAACUGAUGGACUGGAUGAAGAAUACACAAGCAUGAAGGUUAUGGUUCUUCUGCAAGCAGUCCAUCCAUUUGAUCUCUUAUUGGAUAGAAAAAAGCGUCUAGCUUUUUUUAACAAUCUUGCCACAUGCUCGGAUACUUCCAACAAACCAAAGGUCGUGAGGGAUGCUGCCGUUGCGUUGGCAUCACUAGUAGUUUGUGAGGAAGCUCUGGAGCGGGAAUUAUUUAUCUCAACCUCGUAUGUUUUUAAUAAAGUAUAUGAUGCCCGUGCAUUGAGGGUCAUUGUUGGAGACAAGAAUGGGGCAUUACAUGGACAAGCAGUACAAUGUUGUUACAAUCUACUCAACAUCAUACACAGAGUAGAUAAUGAUGGUAGAGAAUUGCUUGUCGCUGUAAGCUUCGGGCUAGCAGCCUCUGAAGCAGUUGCUGAAAGAAGAUCUCCUUAUCAAUUAAAACGAUGGGAGGCGUAUGCAAAUUUAUACAAAAAGGUGUCUGAUGAAUGGUGGUUUGAACCGGGACAUGGGGAUUGGUGCACCUGCUUGGAGAAGUACACACUUUGCAGAGACGGAAUUUACCACAAGCAAGAUCAAUUUCAGCGACUUUUGCCUACUUUCAUCCAAGUCAUUGAGCUGACAGAGUGGGAAGAAACCGAGUAUUGGGCAGUUGUCUCUGCUGUUUUUGAGGGUAAACCCACCGCCCCUCCUGCACCAAACUCAAGCUAUGAGAAGACUGGGCUUGCUUCUAAUUCAGCUGUGCUGGAUACUGGCAUUAACAACAAGGUACAACUGCUGAGGACAAUGCUUCAAUGGGAAGAGCAACUGCGGUCAGAAGCAGGACUCGGGCAAUUUGGUCCAAACACAAAGUACAGAAAUGUGGGUGCAGUUUCUCUAGAUGAAGUUGCGGUGGUGUGUUGGCCCCAUGGGGAGAUAAUGAGGCUGAGGACUGGGAGUACGGCUGCUGAUGCCGCUAGAAGAAUAGGGUUAGAUGGAAAGAUUGUCUCCAUAAAUGGGCAGCUAGUGCUGCCUGCCACAGAGUUGAAGGAUGGUGAUGUGGUUGAGAUCAAGUGCAACAGCCUAAGAAUGUGCGAAGUAGCGUCGUUUGGGUCGAUUGCAAUAGCCCAAUCGGCUUCGGCCUCGCUCCGCCGACCACGGAGAUGGCGUUGGAGGUGGAGGAUCUGUCUUGGGAGAUUUCAGGGGUUUCACAAUCAUGAAUUUCGGGAAUUUUUACUUUCCAUUCUCAUCAAGACGGAGGAGGUUGAGGACUUUGCCACGCACUACGAAGAUCUCUUGGAGCUUUUUACCGGAAAAGUUGUCGUUGAUGGUGCAGAGUAUGUUGGUGGCCUGUUGAAGGGUAAGGUUGUACAAGUACAUUGUUAUGGAGAAAGAGCUUAG